AUGCUUGAGUUCUUCAAAAACAUCUUCAGAAAACUAAAGAACAGUCUGAACCAAGAAAAAUACACGCAAAGCUACAAAGAACUCAUAAACAUAUUCAGAAGAGUGACACCACUUGAAAUACAAGACAUAGACAACAUACAUACAAUUUUGAGAGGCAUUGUUGAAAAUACCACAAUGCUAGAUCGCAAAAUGAGAAUCUUGAAGAACUCAUUGAGGAGUAAAGCUUUGGUAAAGACAAGGUAUGAUCAGUUUAUCACAGAUGAGUUUAGAAAGAUUUCUAAGCGAACGAGGAAUUACGACAAGGAUGUUUCAUACAGCGUUGGAGGGAAGAUUAUCUACGGAGACGUGAGUAGUGAUGAAGAAGGAGGAUACUUUUCAAGAGAACAUGUGGAAAACCUGAACAGCAUUCCUCUUAGACCUAAGAAGUGCGAUUUCGACUGUCUGAAAAAUGAAUGCAGAGCUUGUAUGGAAAGAAGAUUGAGAAUGGAGAUUUCAAAGAAAUUAGAAAUUGAAAAUCAGCAGCUGGUUGCUGAUAGAAUAAAAAAGAGAAAGACAAACAAGGACACAAUAAAUGAGUUGAAUGAGAAGCUUGGAGUGCCGGCUCUGUUUGGAAGAUAUGUCACUGAUGAUGCCUUUAAGAUAGAUGAUCUGACUGAAGAUGAAAGAAGAGAGUUUCUAAAAUGGAAAGAGGAACAGAAGAAAAGUGCAGAAGUGGCAAGGAGGAUUUUAAAUCUUAACCAAACACAAGAAACAUCAAUCCCUGAGCGCUCAAUAUUCACCGAGCCGAACGAGCCUAGUAGGUCAUUUGGAUUUUCCAGAUCAGCCGGGGGUAUUCAAGAUAUUGAGGAGAAGACAUUGAAGCCUAAGAAUCAAGUAUUCUCUUCUCCUUUGGAUAAGCCAACUUCAUCUUUGAGUCCUUUACAAGUACAUGAAAAUAUUCAUUUAAAGCUGGAAGAUCAGCCAAUAGUGCAGGAACUAAAUAGCGAGACGUCGUCACCAAUAACAUCUAUAGCUGAAGACGACAGGAUGGGAAAGGCGAAUAGCAGGCAAGAAUUUGCCAAUCCUUUCAAACUCGGAGCAGAUGUGUCUGAAAAGUCACUAGGCCCACCACUUAGUUUUACCACUUCUGCAUCAAAGCCGUCUAGUUUAUCUUUUCCAUCUAGAAUAGUUGGAAACCAAGUAAAAGAUGUUGAUUUGGUGCCUGACAAUCUUUUCAAUAACCCUUUUUAUAAGAUUGGCGGUCCAAAGGAAUCAAAUUCUCAUUUUCAAGUCUUUCAAAAUCCAUUUACAAUGACUGAUGCCAAUCAAAUGCCCAAAUCUAGCAGCCUUAAAGCGGAUAGCAAAUUAAAGAACCCGUUUUCAGCUCCUAGUUCAAAGCCAGGAGCUACUGCGGAAAACGCUCCUUCUAACGAAAAGGUAGAUAAUCCUUUUGCUGAUCAAAGGGACACCUCACCAUUUUUUACUGGCCAGAUCAAUAACCAGACCGCUAAUCCAUUUUCUACAAAUCAGUUUAACAGUCCAACUGAUAAGGUGGGCGACGGCCUAUCCACCAAACAAUUUACCAACCCAUUUGCAACAGAUAAGAAAAAUGGCAUGUUUUUGGCCAACAACAAUCAAGCAAAUAGUUUACAGCACAAUUCCCAGCUAACGAAUCCCUUUUCAAGGACCGUUAAUCCAUUUCAACUUAAUAACCCUAGUGGACAGCCAGAAAGUGCAGCAAAAUCUGUGAAAUUUGAGUUUAACACGUCUGGAGGACCGGUACCGCAAUCUAACCCGUACACUCCCACCAAUUUUGAGAUUGGCUCAAGAUUUUCAAAUCAAAAUAUUUUUCAAUCAGAUCGUGCAGAAAAAGAUGAUACUGGACUGUUUUCAGCCGAUCAAGCAGCGGAUGAUUCUUUCGGAAGAAGGAGGAAAGCUUUUAGAAAGCGAUAG